GUUAUAUAGCUAAUGUACUGUUUAUUAUUACAAUAUUGGUGAAAAGUUAAGACUGACUGCUGAAGGCCCCCCCUAGCCACUGUCGGCGCACGUAUGCUGUGACUGACGUUUGACGCUGUUGUGUAAGGCGAUCGAUACCACUGUGAUCGAUUUCCACCUCAAGUUUGGGGAUUUUGUGAAGUUGUUGAUGUGGGGUAGGGGAAGUAGUGUACACAGUGAUGACCUCAGCGUGGACCGCAUGUAAGUAGUUGGUGUCGUCAUUGGUAAUCCUCUGGACGCUUGGGUGGUCGUCUCCCCUCCUCAACCUGUGAAGGUCAAGGUCAUACGCUGGAAGAUUCGUGUACCGCCACACAUGGAACGUUGUAAUUCAGAAGAGUUUAUGGCGUGACGACUGUUUAGUUGAGUCAGUGUGAGCCUCAGUGAGACCCGUGAGUGAGUGUAGUAGCCACACGACCAGCAGCAGCGGCGGCCGCACCUCCUGCACCACAACAACUCCGGCUGCUAUAUAAACCUGUAUAGUAUUACACUGAGUGAGGAGUCGACUCUGAGAGCCACGGCCCUCUACAGAAGGGACAUUGUGGAUGCGGCGGUGUGAGUGGUUGACCGUGAUGGUGGAGGCGCGGCUAGGGGGCGUGGGCGGCGGCGUGGGCGGCUGGGUGUGGGUGUAGAGAUGGGCGGCAAGGCGAGCACGGCAGGUGGUGGUGGUGGCGGGGGAGGGGCGGGCUUGGCUGCUGCUGGUGGACCCUCCGACGCCGCCGCCGCCGCCACCCGCUCCAGGGCGCUCUCCACUAGUGCCGGAACAGCGGACAGUGAGGGGGGCGGGUCGGCGGUGGGUCUUCUGCGGUCGGCCAGCCAGGGCGGAGGCGGCGGCGGAGCCUCCCGGGACCGUACCGGGGACCGUGGCCGUGCUCGCUCUCUCUCCAGCGUGCCGGACGCCAGCGGCAACGCGCCCCCCUUAACCAUCCCGGCGCUCCUUUCCCGGGCGGCAGCGGGUGGCGCUGGCAGCGAGACGGACGGCAGCUCGCCCGAGGAGUACCUGCUGGACGGGCCCCUCACCUCUCUGGGCCUGGGCCGGGUCUUCACCACACACUCUCUCCCCGCCCACCUUUGGUCCUUCAACGGUUUUAAGUGCCCCAUCUGCUCCAAACUUGUGUUGCCUGAUGACCUGGAAUGUCAUCUGGUUAUCUGCCUCACCAAACCACGCAUCAGCUACAAUGAGGAUGUGUUAACAGAGGACAAGGGGGAGUGUGUUAUCUGCCUGGAGGACCUCUGUCAGGGAGACACUAUUGCACGACUACCUUGUCUUUGCAUAUACCACAAAACAUGUAUCGAUGAGUGGUUCCAGGUGAAUCGAUCAUGCCCGGAGCAUCCUUAUGAUUGAGGCUAUGCACAUUUGUAAAAAAAAAAAAAAAAGAAAAUGCCUAUGUGCCAUUACUGUUCAUUGUGCCAGUUGGGAUGCGUCAUGUAUGUGUGGACGCUUACCCACAAUCUUGGGAGGGGAGGACCUGUCUCUUAUUCACACUGUCUGUUGUUGCAAGUAGAGGAAGGUACGAAGGAGUGUGUGCAUCUUGACCUCUGUUUUGAUGGUGGAACUGGUGAUAUUUUACAGUGCUUACUUCACUUGUGAUUGAAGCUAGAAGCAUAUUUAAAAUUUGAUGAUGUCUGAUGCAUUUUUUGAAGCAUAAGAGUGUGGCAUAUCAAACAUUUCUUUGUUUGAUGAAGAAGGAACUUUGAAGUGUGUAUAGCACUCUUAGCUUAUUAAGGCAAAGAAACAAGUGAUUCAACCUUUAAUUUCUGAUAUAUUUGACUAUCAAUAAGGUGAUGGUUUCUGAUGACUGUGUUUUCUAAGUGUCUUGAGAAAUGAGAAAUGCCAGAAUAUUUCUAGAUACCCAGUAAAUACUGCCAAGUCAUAUGCCAGUAUCUUGAAGAAAAACUAAUAGAAGAAAAUUUACAAUGAUACUUGAUUGUUCUGUAUGGUGAAUUUUGAAAAGGAACUGUAGUUAAUCUCUAUAAUAAAAUGUUCAUGCAUAGGUCCCAGAUGAAAAGGAGAUGCCCGAGUCCAGAUCUUUGUAAUGCUUGUAAUACAGUAUUGGCUAAAUCACUUCUGAUAAUAUUUAUUUCUUUUUUCCUAAUUCUGGCAAGCUGGUCUUUGUAAGUUACUUUUAGUAAUUAUAGAUAAUAUGAAGUACAACACAUUGGCUUGUCAAUGGACUCCAGGAUGUGGUGAUAUAUUUUCAUUCUUUCAUUGCUAACCACAAGUUUUAUUUUCAUUCUUGUAUGAAUCUUAUAUCAAAGCAUCAGAAAUAAACUGCAGCUUUAUCUUUACACUGGUUUUAUAGAGUUUGCAGUGCUCAGGUAGUAGACUAGUGUUACUGCCAUGAGAAAGGAAAAGAAAAAGAGCCUCAAUAAAUUUUUUUGUUGGUAAAGAAAUGCUCAUGGCCACAGGAAAUGUGAUAAAAAGACCAAAAUUAUCUCCACUUAUAAAAAUAUUGUCUAGAGUGAUUUACCAUUCACCUAAACAAACUCAACUCCAGGGAAACUCAAGUAUUCAUUACAAAAAUAUCUAAUGAAAAUUCUGUUAUGGGAAUAAUUUAUUGACUAUUGUGACAAUGUGUUGAUGUCAACUAUUUCCUAAUAAAAUUACUGACAUAUGUAACAACCU